UUCUAUUUAACUCAUCUUUCUUAUCUCUUUUAUACUCUAUCUUACUUAUUUCUCUCUUCACACUAUCUUUCUACCACCAAUCACACCCUUAGGGUUUCCAAGCGUUUUCUCAGAGAUCGUUGUCUUCUUCACCUUCGCGUGGAUUGAAUUUGUAUUUUCAGCCUCCGCCCUGCUGGAGUUUAAAGCAAAGUUUCCAGCACCUAAUCCUAAUCUCAUCACCAUGGCUUUUACCAAAAAAGCCUUAAUUGUUGCUUUUGAGUAUCCUUGUUCCGACGUUAGUCUUUAUGGUCCAUCAACUGCAGCACUUAGGAUGAAAGAGUGUCUUGUUAAUUAUUAUGGUUUUUUGUCUGAAGAUGUUAUGCUAGCUAUAGAUGAUGUUCCUACGCUACACCCAUCAUUUCCCAAAGCCCAAGCUUUGCAACCUUCAUUUUUUACUGUUGCUGACGACCUUAUAUUCAAUAAUUCAAAGAAUACCAAGAAACAAUCUAAACAAUCUAGGACUAUCUGUACCACGCUGGCUAAAAUGGUGUCACAGUCCAAUGUCGGUGAUACCAUACUUUUCUAUUAUAUUGGACAUGGCAACAGACGACAAACUUCUUACACUAACAAUAGUGGAUGGGAAGAAUUUAUGCUAUGUGGAGAUGGUUCUCGUAUUUAUGAUUAUCAUCUAAGGGAGGUAGCAUCAUACGUUCCGGAUGGGGUAAACUUCACUGUAGUGGCUGAAUGCUGCAAUUCAGGUGGUCUCAUUGAAGGUCUCUUUGAAGUAAUUGGGAAUAGCACAAGAAGUCCUGUUUUUGGAAAUAAACGGCCUGAACGUAAUUUUGGUGGAAAUGGAUUACAAAAUAGCCCGCCGUUGGCUGUUCUUAUUAGUUCCACCCAGAGUAAUGAAGGCGGCGCGAUAGGUUAUAAUGAUAAUUUAAAAGAACAUAAGUGCUUCUUGACGGACGCUAUAAUUAAUAUAAUCAUGCAAAAAGAAGGAAUUGUGACAAAUUUAGAGCUAGUUAAGGAGGUGUCCAGAAUGUUUGAAGAAAAGAACCUGGAACAAAGUCCUGGGUUAUAUUGUAAUCGCGGUAAAGAAAACUCUUAUUUUUUGGGGCUUGAGGGAUUAAAAGUGAAAAAAAAGGACAAGAAGAAAGAGGAUAAAGUAGGGAAGGGAAAGGGAAAAGAAAAAAUGUAAUAUUUUUUGUUUAGUAUGUAUUUUUAUUGGUACUGAGAUGUAUUAGGUUUUAAAUUAAUGGAAAUGUAGUUUGACAUUAAAUAUAGCCUAAAAGGUUUAGAGUUG